AUGCAAAUGGCCGAAGUAGCUGUUAAUUAUGAUUCGGAAGUUCUAAAAGCCAAGUAUUUUACCGAAGCUACCUAUUACCCCGAUUACGCCACCGCCACAGGUCAUUCGGAAUUCCUCAAGCAAAGAACUUCCUUUGACCCUUUAUUCGUCUGGGUUCACCUCAGAAACUGUUCUGCAACCACCUGGGAACUUUUUAAUGCAGAAAGUAAUAGAGAGUGCCAGUUUACAUAUCCUCCUCCAGAAAGAGUCAUACCGGAAACGGAGAAAAGCAUUGUCUUAGAGACAUUACCACAUCUAGAUACCUCAGAAAGUCAAGGUUUAAUGGAUGAGAUAUCGAUAUCGAUACCGAUCGAUGUCAAACUAUUCUACACGCUAAAAAACGACAAAACGACCAAGAUCACGAUUUCAAUCAGAAAAGAACAUUGGGGCGCAGAUACAGAAGUUUCAUGUACCGGACUAGCUCCGGAAAAAUAUGCCGUAGACACCUUAUUCGACGGCGCUAUUUUUGUGGCUCUAAGAUAG